AUGAUAGCCAUCUUUUAUCCUCCGCAAACCCUAAUUGUCCCUCAGUAUCUCUUUGGACAAAACAAAAACAAAUCUGUGUCUCUUUGCAGCGAAAGCUCCACCAACAAGACAAUGAUUAUCUCAGAGACCAAUCGCAGAGAGAUCUGCAAAUACCUUUUCAAAGAAGGAGUUUUGUUUGCGAAGAAAGAUUUCAAUCUUGCAAAGCAUCCGUUGAUUGAGUCAGUACCAAACCUGCAAGUGAUUAAGCUAAUGCAGAGCUUCAAAUCCAAGGAGUACGUUAGGGAGACGUUUGCUUGGAUGCAUUACUAUUGGUUUCUGACUAACGAAGGGAUUGAGUUCUUGAGGACUUACCUCAACCUUCCUUCUGAUGUUGUUCCCGCUACUUUGAAGAAGUCUGCUAAGCCUGGUGGUGGUCGUCCCUUUGGUGGCCCAUCUGGUGAUCGCCCUAGAGGACCACCUCGUUUUGAUGGAGACCGUCCUAGAUAUGGUGACCGUGAUGGGUACCGUGCAGGUCCACGUGGUGGUGAUGCUGGAAGAGAGAAGGGUGGAGCUCCUGCUGAUUACCAGCCCUCUUUCCAGGGAAGUGGUGGUAGGCCUGGUUUUGGCCGUGGUGCAGGCGGUUACAGCGCAGCAGCACCAUCUGGUUCGGGUUUACCCUGAAAGAAUCGGUUUGAUCGUUAGACUAUGGAAAGACAGUUUUGUUUUUUUGGUUUAGUUUUGUUUGUGUAAUGCAAAUCCGGAAGCUGUCAUUUAUCUAUUUCUCUGACUUUGGUCUAAAGAAACAAAUCCUAAGUUUUAAGGAUAGUGUUACAUUUCACGUUUUUAUUCUUUUCUGCUGGACCAACAAAUCCUAAGUUUUAAGGAGUUUGUAUAUAUGUGACUUUGGUCUAAAAAAACAAAUC